AUGUGCUUUAGCAUCCAUCUUGACAUCUCCGUCGCGUCAUUCCCGAGGCGGAGUGGUGUGAGGGGGAGCGGUGUGAGAGGGAGUGGCGUGAGAGCGAGUGGUGCGAGCGUGAGCGGUGUGAGAAUGAAAGGUGUGAGAGUGAAUGGCGUGGGAGUGAGUGGUGUGAGAGUGAAUGGCGUGGGAGUGAGUGGUGUGAGAGUGAGCGUGGGGUGGGACGAGCUUGGCACAGCCCCUAGCACGUCUCACCCUGUCCCUCCUUGUAUUCUCUGUCCUUCCCCAUCCCCUACUGCAGAGAAGAAGCCAUCCGCAGGGGCGUAUCCGGUUAUGAAGCUCAUGGGGCCAGACGGGGCCCUGCCGCACUACACCCGGGAAGAGCUUGACGUAGCUCCUACUACCACACCUCACCCUGUUAUUCCCCGUCUUCGUCCUUCCUCGUCCCUCAUGGCAGAGAAGAAGCCAUCCGCAGGGGCGUACCCCGUUAUGAAGCCCAAGAAGCCAUCCGCAGGGGCGUAUCCGGUUAUGAAGCCUGUGGGGCCGGACGGUGCCCUGCCUCACUACACCCGGGAAGAGCUUACCGCUGCCACGAGCAAUUGGACGCAGAAAAUCGGCGAAGGGGGCUUCGGGACUGUUUAUAAAGGGUACCUGCGGAGUGACGGUAGUAGCCGCAUUGGCGGCAUUAGCAGCAGCAGCAGCAAUGGGAAGAGUGGCAGCAGUGGGAAUAGCGGGGGUGCUGGUGGUGGGGGAGAGGGUGGAGCAGGAGAGGGGGGAGAGGGAGGGGAAGUGCUGGUGCCAGUGGCUGUGAAGAUGUGCACGAGUGGGAUCAAGGACAGCGGCAGGGAGCAGCUCAUGCUCUGGUGGUUGAGGGGAGGGGGGCGGAUCCCAGUGGCUGUGAAGAUGUGCACGAGUGGGAUCAAGGACAGCGGCAGGGAGCAGCUCAUGACGGAGGUGAUGGUGAUGACGGCAGUGCAGCAUCCGUACAUCCUCAGGCUGCUGGGGGUGGCGACGCUGGGAGAGACUCUCGCCAUGGUGUCAGAAUUCGUGCCCCAUGGGGAUGUUGACUUGCUGCUGGAGCGAGUGCGCAACAGGGAGGACUCGUUUGACUGGACGGCCAGGAUGGUGCUGGCGGAGCAAGUGGGGGAGGCGCUGGUGUUCAUCCACAGCAAGGGCGUGCUUGGGUCCAUCCAUCCUCAACCCCUUCCUUCCUGCCACUUCAUCCCUGCCACUUCAUCCCUGCCCCCCUGCUGCCCUCUUUCCCCGCGCCAGGGCAUGGUGCCCAAGGUGGCGGACUUUGGAAUGGCGCGGCUGGUAGAGGACUGGAAGACACAUGUCACGACGCGAGUGGGUGGCUCUCAGGGCUACAUCGACCCCAAUUACUUCUCCACUGGGUUUCUCACCAACCAUUGUGACACGUAUGCGUUCGGCAUCUUCCUUCUAGAGCUCAUGUCAGGCGAAUGUGCGGAGGAGAACGGCUUCAAGGCGAUCAGAGUGGCAGCAGAGGAGCGCCUAAUACCGCUAGAGAAGCUUAAGAGGGUGGUGAUGGAUAAAACCAUUGCCGGGCAAUGGUCCGAGGAGCAUGAAAAGCCCGCGGCGCCCCACCCGGACUUAAAGCCCCUGGGGGGGGACGGCGCGCCCCCCAUGUACACAAAAGCGGAGCUCAGCGCCGCUACCAACAACUUCAAGCACAAGCUCGGUGAAGGGGGGUUCGGAGCGGUGUACAAGGGGUACCUCAAGGUGGAGAGCGGUGCGGAGGCUGCAGAGUCGCUGGGCGUGGACCUGAGCGCGGUUUCUGAUGGGGAGAUCCCUGUGGCGGUCAAAAUGUGCGCUGCAAAGGUUCUGAGCGCAAGGGAACAGCUCAUGGUACCUCAUGGUGGGAGAUUCUGGGCACCCCAUGGCUCUCUUACCCUUGGUGCCAUGCCAUGGCGGGUGGGUGGGCUGCUGGGCUGGGAGAGUGGGGUGGAGGGGCGAGGGGGGGAGAUCCCUGUGGUGACUAAGAUGUGCGCUGCUAAGGUUCUGAGCGCAAGGGAACAACUCAUGGUGGGUGGUUCGGGUGCUGGGAGUGUUGAUGGUGAUGGGGAAACUGCGGCAAUGGCACUGCCCCCUGUUUCGCUCCCCCCACCCACCCCCCCAUCCUUCCCCAACCCGACGGAGAUGAUGGUGAUGGAGAGGCUGCGGCACCCCACCAUCCUGCGCUUGCUGCGGGCAGGCAGCACCACGCACUGUUCCCCGCCUUCCCCCACCCCCCCAUCCUUCCCCCACCCCCCCAUCCUUCCCCCACCCCCCCAUCCUUCCCCCACCCCCCCCAUCCUUCCCCCACCCCCCCCAUCCUUCCCCCACCCCCCCCAUCCUUCCCCCACCCCCCCAUCCUUCCCCAUCCAGACGGAGAUGAUGGUGAUGGGCAAGCUGCGGCACCGCAACAUCCUGCGCAAGCUGGGGAAGACAGAGAUGAUGGUGAUGGGGAAGCUGCGGCACCCCAACAUCCUGCGCCUGCUGGGCGCGUGCAUAUCAGACGACAGCAUGGCCAUGAUCUAUGAAUUCAUCCCCUGUGGGGACGUGCACGAGCUGCUGGAGGAUGAGCCUCAGAGGCUGCUGGGCGCGUGCAUAUCAGACGACCAGAUGGCCAUGAUCCACGAGUUCAUCCCCUGUGGAGACGUGCACGAGCUGCUGGAGGAUGGUGGGUGCACGGAAGGAGGGGCUGGCUGGGGGCCGCAGGUGCAUAUCAGAUCAGACGACAGCAGGGCCAUGAUCCACGAGUUCAUCCCCUGUGGAGACGUGCACGAGCUGCUGGAGGACGGUACGUGUUCAGGGCUGGGUGCUUUGGCCUGUGCAUGUGUGCAUAUGGGGCUGUGUGCAUAUGGGGCUGUGUGCAUAUGGGAUGACAGCAUGGCCAUGAUCACGAAAUCCCCUGUGAGUGAGGAGAGUGGGGACGUGCACGAGCUGCUGGAGAGCGCGAGCGAGCAAGGAGAAGUUGAAGUACGAGGACCGAACCGAAUGAAGGUGGCCAUGGGGUUGCGAGCGGGCAAGGAGGAGUUUAAGUAUGAGGACCGGAUGAAGGUGGCCAUGGGGUCACGCGCGGGCAAGGAGGAGUUGAAGUUUGAGGACCGAAUGAAGGUGGCCAUGGGGUCACGAGCGGGCAAGGAGGAGUUUAAGUACGAGGACCGGAUGAAAGUGGCCAUGGGGUGUGCUGAAGCCUUGGCGUUCAUUCACGGGCAGGAGUACGUUCACCGCGACUUCAAGGCUCCCAACGUGCUGCUGGCCGAGGGCCUGUCCCCCCGAGUAGCCGACUUUGGCCUUGCAAGGAUAGUGGAGAACUGGAAGGACCAUGUGACGACGAGAGUGAUGGGGUCACGCGGGUACAUUGACCCUGAAUACUUUGAGUCAGGCUACCUCAACGAGCACUGUGACACAUUUGCCUUUGGCAUCUUUCUCAUCGAGCUCGCCACGGGUCACUCAGUUCUCGAGGCCAAGUUCGACGAUGUGGUGAACGGUGCAGUGCGGUCGGACGAUGUGGAUCUGGGUGCGGUGAUGGACCCGCGAUUGCAAGGGCAGUGGAGCGAGGAGCAGGCGAAGACGCUGCUGGGAGUGGCGAAAGUAUGUAUUACGACGGAUUGGGACGACCGGCCUACCAUGGACAACGUGGUUGAAAUGAUGCAAGGGGUGAUGUGA